AUGGCAGAACCACAGCCCAAUGCCCCCUCGAGCGGCCACAGUACCCGAGUUUACUUCCUGGUGAUUGUCACCUCGAUGGGAGCGUUCCUAUUCGGUUAUGAUCUGGCGUUUAUAGGCGCGUCGAUUGAGUUGCCAUCCUUUGAGAAAUCCUUUGGGUUGCAAGACGCAUCGACAUCUACUAGCGAUGCAUUCGCGGCCAAUAUAGUCUCUCUACUGCAGGCGGGAUGUUUCUUCGGAUCUCUCGUUGCUGCUCCCCUGAGCGACAUGUUCGGACGCAGACUGGCCCUGGGGAUGGCAGGCGCCAUUUUCUGCAUUGGUUCGACCAUGCAGGUUGUGUCGUCAGGGAUUGAAGCCAUCAUGUUUGUUGGUCGAGCCCUCGGUGGUCUCGGCGUAGGAGCAUCCAGCAUGCUUGUCCCAUUAUACACCGCCGAGUGCGCACCCCCGGCCAUCCGCGGCCGACUAGUCGGGGUAUUUGAAAUCGGUGUGCAGGUCGGAAUGUGCAUUGGAUUCUGGAUUAACUACGCCGUGGACCAGACCAUUGCCUCGUCCUCUCGACAGUGGAUGACUCCGUUUGCGAUCCAACUGGUCCCAGGGGGUCUACUGCUUAUCGGACUGGCUUUCCUGACCGAUUCACCACGGUGGACAGCCCGCAAGGGGAGAGAAGCUGUAUCGCAGACCCUGGCGUAUCUCCGUGGGAUUCCGGCCGGACAUCCAGCCGUCCAGGCCGAGCUCAACGAUAUCAUGAACCAGCUCGAGGAUGAGCGCACCACUAACCCUGGAAAGGGCAUCUGGGUCGAAAUCAAAGAGUGUAUGCAUCCAGGGGUGCGAGAGAGACUUCUGCUGGGCAAUCUGGUCAUGGUUUUCUUUCAGAUGGCUGGGUCGAACGCUAUCAAUUACUAUUCUCCUCGGAUAUUUCAGUCCAUUGGCAUGACGGGGACGCAGACAAAGCUGAUAUCGACAGGAGUCUACGGUCUGGUUCGUCUCGUGGCAGUGUUUAUCGCUAUGUAUUGGGUUGUUGAUCGCUACGGACGAACUCGUAUGUUGAUUUACGGGAGUGCGGUGAUGGCAUUUUGCAUGUGGUUCCUCGGCGCAUUCGUCAAACUGCAUGGGGUCUCCCACACAGACGGGAAAAUCGACAGCAGCUCCUACGCCGCGGCCGUGUUCAUCUUCGUGUACGCAGUCGCCUUCUGCUUCAGCUGGGCUGGCAUCCCGUGGGUGAUAUGCUCUGAGAUCUAUCCACUUCGUGUCCGAGCACUCUGUGUCGCAGUCUGCACGGGCACGCACUGGCUUCUGAAUUUCGUCCUCGCGCGCAGCGUCCCCUAUAUGAUCACGAAUAUUAGCUUUGGGACAUAUUUUAUCUUUGCGAGUUUUCUGACCCUCUCAAUUCCAUUUGUCUGGUUUAUGGUGCCGGAGACGAAGGGGUUGAAAUUAGAGGAGGUGGAUGAGGUCUUUCGGGAUAGGACUUUCUGGGGGAAAUCACGAUCUCGGGAGGGGCGAGCGUUGGAUGUUGAAUGUGCAGAGGAAAAAGGAGAUUCUAAGGAGAUUGAGGAUGUUAAUGUGGCCAGGAAAUAUUGGUUGAAUACCUUGCCGGAUUAA